AUGAGUACUCAAUACGGGCUGUGGACCCGGGAGCAGUUGAUUGCACGGGUUGUGGAGCUUGAAAGUCGGGCGAAAGGAACUGCAGUAAACAGAGACGAGUCUAUCAGCCGCAUCGACGCAAACGAGCUGUUAAGCAACGUCAAUAACGACCAUACUGAACCAAUCAAACCCAAGAAGAAACAAUUUGAUUUCUCAGCCCACCCUCAACGUUUUAUAGCUCUUAGAUUUGCUUAUCUUGGAUGGAACUAUAAUGGUUUGGCGUAUCAAUAUGAACCUACUGAAUUCCCAACAGUGGAAGGGGAAAUUCUAAAGGCUCUCGAUAAGGCAAGACUUAUCUCCGAACCAGAACCAACUACAUGUAAUUUCAGUAGAUGUGGAAGAACAGAUAAAGGGGUCAGUGCCAUGAAUCAAGUGAUUUCUUUAGAUGUGAGAUCCAAUUUAACCAAGGAUGAACAAUUAGAUCCCCAGAAUGACCAAAGGGAAUUACCUUAUAUGAGCAUACUCAAUUCAAUGCUUCCAGCUGAUAUAGUCAUAACUGCGAUAUGCUUAAGACCUCCAACUAAUUUCAAUGCGAGAUUUAGUUGUUUAUCCCGACACUAUAGAUAUCUCAUUCACAAGGAUUCCUUAGACAUAGCCUUGAUGAAAGAAGCAGCUGCUAAAUAUGAAGGUCGACAUGAUUUCCGUAACUUAUGCAAACUAGAUGGAUCCAAGCAAAUUGUUAACCAUGUUCGAGAGAUCAUCUCUAGCAAGAUCAUUCCUCACGAAACUGAUGAGAAUUAUGUUAUAUUUGAUCUUAAAGGUCUGGCAUUCCUUUGGCAUCAAGUGAGAUGUAUGGUAGCCAUUUUGCUUAUGGUGGGACAAAAGUUGGAGAAACCUUCACUUAUUGAUGAGCUUUUAGACGUUGAAAGGAACCCUCAAAGACCGGCAUAUGCUAUGGCUCAUGAUGUACCCUUGGUGUUAUAUGAUUGUGAGUUCCCAGAAAUGGAAUGGUUCCCAUUCAUUAAAGAUGCCACUAGUUCUAAAGUCAGGAGAGAAGUGGCUCGAAUGCGUGGAGUCAUUCAAAGCUAUGAGAUUAGAGCAUUGAUGGGUAACUACAUGAAGCAGGCCUUCUUUGAUAAACAUCCAGAUACAGAUAAAAUGUACACUGGAUAUGAUGUACUCAAUUCUGGUGAUGGACAAGGAAGACUCUAUAAGAAACAUUUACCAGUGAUGUCUCGAACAUUAGGAGAUCCAGUUGAAAUGGUUAAUCAACGAUGGCGAGAUAAGAAGAAACGGAAGUUAGAAGAAGAAGAACGAUUGAGUAAAGUUGAAUGA